CUGCUCGGCUCCACACCGCCCUGCUCACUCAGCCGGGACUGGCGCUCAGCCCCGUCCCAGGCCGACGCCGCUGUCAGUUUGCCUUCGUCCAGCCGACGCCAGGACGCCUCCGAAGGUCUCUGUGCUAGGAAGCAACCUCCUCCGCAGGAAGAUCAGCCUUGGCAGUAGCUGCUCGGAUGGACUGAGUCGGAGCGAAGCUUCUAGAGUCUCCAGAAACGGUGGCGCUCUGCUGCCACCCAGAGGCCACCAGCCGCGAUGACAGCCCGUGGACCAGAGUGGCCUCUCCGGAAACCUUGGCCAACAGGCUGCCAAUCGGAGUAGGUCCCCAAGAAAGGUGGCUGUGCGGGAGCCAUCAGGACUGACCAGGGUGGCCGUGCCUCCCUUGGGAGAAGCCGAAUGACAAGGAAAACCUUGAGUUGCUUCGAGUAUAAGAUUUCCUGGGGUGAGCUGGAGGAAGCCCUCGUCAAUACAAAUCAGCAUCUGAACUGAAACACAGGUUUGUCCUUUCUCAGGGACACACGAGAGAGAGCCAUUGCCAAGGACCAGGGUGUUACCAGAGCCCACCAAAUGCACCUGCACAGAUUUCCAUCCAUCAUGACUGCCAUCCGACUGCGAGAAUUUGCUGACCGUCGCCCAGUGAUCCCACCCAGUUUAUUCAUUGCCCGUCAAGGAAAGGAUCUCCAAGGCUAUUACCCUGGGCAACUAGCAAGAUGUCACAUUGCUCAUGGUGUGAAGAAAGCUUCCAGACCACUCAUAGACUUGGCCAUGCCUCCUCCCAAGAGACAAAGUCCACAUCACCCUCAACUAGACCAACAAACACUCAUUCGAUAUAUUUGCUUUCGAAGACAUUCAAGACCUGCUGAACCAUGGUAUAAAGAAACCACUUACCAAAGAGACUAUUCUCUGCCAUUUUACAAGCUUGAUUGGGACCAGAAAUUGACAACGAUUUCACUGAAUCCGCAGCCACUUAAUUUGCCACCAGAGCUCUACAUUUGUGAAGAGAGAUGUGGCUUUGAAAGAAAUGCUUUAAAAUGAAGAUAACCAUGGAAUUUGAACAAAAAACAUGUGGUGGUAUCUUAGAAAAAAACUGGGAGAAUAAAGUAACAACACCCAUUUGGGUCAUGCACGGAGUCCCUCCUUGAGGGCUCUCUGGCCCUUCGUUCAAGGGACUCGGGUUCAACACACUGGCUCAAGGCUGGAACUGACCGAGGGGCCAGGGCUGUCUGUUCUUAUGAUCUGAGCUGGGCUUUUGUUUCACUUGAUCUACAUCUAUACGGGCUAAGUAAGAAUCAGGGAGACAUCCUAUCUAUUUCAUUCCUAGAAACAUCAUGAUUAACCAGCCAGUGCUGUAAGUCUUUACGAGUCAAGACUAUUUUGAUUGCUAUUGUAACCCCGUCACCAAUCCUGUCCACACUUAGCAGGUGGAGUAAUCUCCAAUUAUUCCCACUGCAUUUAUGUUUUCUGGUUGAGUGGUGGUGGUUGCCCAUCUAAGUUUGGUUCUAGCAAGAAGAACCACCAGGGGGCUCUUCAAGGAUCCUGUUGCUU